AUGGACAUUGACCUAUGGGAGAAAGCACUAGAAAAUGCUGGUAUUGCUUUGAAGUAUGCAGAUGUAUUGCGUGGUUUUAAACAUGGUUUCCAUCAAGGAAUCCCAUCUCAUAGAAUUGGCAAUCUGCGCUGGUUCACUCCAGAUAACCACCGAUCAGCAACUCUAGCUGAAGAGAAAAUUAAAGAUUCAAUGGAAAAAGAAUUAGCUGCAGGUCGUAUGUUCGGCCCAUUCACAUGGGAAGAAGUUGCUCGGAAAUUUGAAUUUUUCAGAACAAGCCCACUAGGAGCAGUCGUGAACGGAGACGGAUCUAUACGACCGAUAAACAAUUUAUCAUACCCACAUGAAGACCCUUUGACUCCAUCAGUUAAUUCUUUUGUGCGGAAAGAAGAUUUUGAUACUACUUGGGACAACUUCAAUCAAGUAUCAUCCUUUUUUAAAUCUUGCAAAGAACCGGUACUCCUGGCCCUAUUUGAUUGGGAGAAAGCGUAUCGCCAGAUCCCAACUCAUCCGUCUCAGUGGCCUUAUUUGAUGGUUAAAGGUAUGGAUGAGAAUUUGUAUCUAGAUACAAGGAUCACUUUUGGCGGAGUAGCGGGAUGCUGA